AGAAGAAGUGUUUGUUAUAGACUUGUACAGGCUAGUGUUAAAUAUAAUAUACGCAUGAGAAGUAGUGAAAAGUGUUAAAUAUUAGUUGUGGCAUGUACCGCAACAAUUGAAUUAUUGAUGAAAUUAGAAAUGAUAUUAGAGCUACGUGAUCGUGAGGACAUACUUAAUAUUUUAGGAUAUUACUAAUAUUUGGAAAUGGAGACGCAAUUAUCCGCGGCUUUAAUAGCCAAAUCCUUAAAUUAUCAUGGACAACAACUACAGAAAAUAUGGGAGAGCGAACGUGGCGAAAAUGAUUUAUAUAAAAUUGGCGUUCCCACACCUGAUUAUGCAGAAUAUCAAGUUAGGCAAAAAUUCUUAAGUUUUCAAGACCGGGGAAAGAGAUUGAAACUGCAGCAGUUUAUAGCCAAGAAAGCUAGUUUUUUAUUCGAUGUCGAUUUGCUACAAGAUUUGACUCCUACUGAAAAGCCUAAAAUCGAUGACAAGGACAGUGAAAAGAUAUAUGCGGUGCUCCCACCAUUUGAACUAUUUAUGAACAUGGAUAAAACAAAUAGGCAAAGGCACUUUUUUGAGGUUGUAAAGGCUGGUGAUUUAGUUAUGGGCACCAUUAUUAACAAAAGUACUUCAGGGAUGCUUCUCAAGAUUUUAUGUACAGUUGGCCAAGGUUCUAGUUGUCGAUUUGUUGCUGAUAUUAAUGUCAAGGCAUUCUGUUCUAUGUCAAAUACAAUACCAGCUUUCGAUGUGAAGAAGAAUACUACACGUGGCUAUGCCGUAAACGAUACUGUCAUUUGUGAGGUUCUAGAAGUAAUUCCAGACACCGAUAAAAUGUCCGUAGGCAUGAAGGGGUCAAUGCGCCAUACUGAAGACCCAACUGCUCCUCCCCUUGGAUUAAUUCAUGCCGAUGACUAUCCUAAUAUGUACAAGAAAGCUCUUGAUGCAAAAGGGGAGACUUACCAUGCAAUGCUUUCAAAAUGUCCUGGAUUCAACAAUCCAACUUGCAUUCAAUAUCUAUCUGAUAUUUUGGGCCUUGGAUCAGAAAAUCAUUCAAAUAUGAAAGCCUUCAGAAAACGUUUUCCUCAGCAGGAAUAUGUUAAUGAAUUACGACAGGCUCAGGCAAGUAAAUGGGCUUUCCGUUCUGUUGCUGAAGGAAUUGAACAUUUCAAAUCCAAUCGGCAUACUGAAGCUUUUGGUUGCCUAAAUAAAGCUCUCUCUAUAGAUCCAAGAAAUGUAGAAGGAUUAGUUGCAAGGGGUGCAUUAUAUGCUAAUACAGGAUCCUUUAAGAAAGCCAUAGAAGACUUCGAAAACGCAUUGAAAUUAAAUCCUGGUCAUGCUAAUGCAAGAAAAUAUAUGGGAGAAACAUUAGUCGCUUUAGGUCGAAGCUAUGAGGACGAUCAUAAAUAUGAUGAAGCCAGAAAAGCUUAUCAAGAUUGUUUAGCAAUUAUUCCAUACCACGAAGAAGCUAAAAGUUCUAUUGAAUACUUGAAGAACAAAAGUGGAGCGGUCAAACCAUUAAUCGAUGCUGGAGAAUUGCUUUUACCAAACCUGGUAUCUAGACAAUCCAAUCUUGAAGAUGAUGGGAAUGAAAGUCGUAAGGAUGGGUCUGGUAAGAAAAAGAAGAAAAAGGGCUCAAAAAUGAAGAAAAGACGGAACAACUCUAGCACUACUUCUAGUAGUAGCUCUUCUGACAGUUCACAAAGCAGUGAUAGUAGCUCCGAAAGUAGUUCAGAAAACAGUUCUAGCUCAACAGGCUCUGAUAAUGAAGGUGGUAAAAGGCGAAAGAAAAAGCGUUCUUCUCGUGAUCAUUCUAAAGCAAGAGGUUCUCUUUCACCUUUGAGUAAACGUAUGGCUUUGAUGGAUCCCCAACAACCACACAGUAAUACUGCAUCAAAUACUUUGCAGUUCAAUAAAGGUGCUCCACAAGGAGAUGAUUACGAAAAUAAGGUUCGAAAAUUCUUAGAGAUGACCCGUGAAGAUUCUGACUAUGAAGAGAAAGUUCGCAAGUUUUUAGAAGAAACUGCGAGGUUUAAAAAACAAAAGACAAUUCUGGCUGAAUCAGAAUCCUCAGUAGCGAAACCUAAGAGAAAAAAGAACAAGAAAGAUAAAUCUGGUGGUAAAGUUAAAAAGGAAAGCAAACGCAAACGCAAAGAACGUGAACGUAAAGAGCGAAAGGCAAUGAAAAGAGGUCGCCCAUUUGAUCUUAGAGAAUUUGAACAACAAAUGGAAAGCAAAAAGUUCAGAGAUGCUUUAAGAAAAGAAUUAUCUUCUCACAAACAUGGAGAGAUAUUAGAUGAAAUGAACAACGCUUCUAAAAAACAUCGAUCUAGAAAUAUCAGCACUGAUGAUGACAAAAUGUUCAAUCCAAUUUCAAAAGAUCUAGAUGAUUUGGAUGAAUUGGAGACAAAAUUGAAUGCUUAUUAUGCUAAAAUGGAAAAAGACCCCAUUUCUAAAAGGUCUGGAUCGCAAAUGAGUUUACAUGAAGAAUCACCUGAUCACAAUAAUCUAGGCAGAAGAGAACAUAAGAAUGCUCCUCCGCAUCUUGAAAAUUAUCCUCCAGAACCUGAUUCAGUGGAAGGGAAAUGGAAAAUGCAAUUUGGGAAAGAUAAUAGAUUUGCUGCGAAACAAGAGACUUCUAAAAAUAAGCUGGUGAAAUCUUAUCCUUUUGCGGCUUCUGAAUCUGAAGAUGAAAUGAAAGCGACAAAUAAUAUUGCAUUACCGCCAACCCCGACUGAAAGCAAAAUGGCGCGCAAAUCAUCAUCUAAGGCAGCCCCUCCACCUCCGCCCCCUUCAAGAAAACCUGAGGAAUUAAAACCGCCUUCACCAAAACAGCAGCCUAAAGGAAAUGUAGUUUUGGAUAAAUUUGGGAAUUUCAGAUUGGUUGAAGAGCCACCACCAGCAUUGUCAAAGGAUGACCCAUCACUCAUGGAUAGAAAAUCUCGUAGCAGAUCUAAGCCCAGAAAUUAUAGAUCAGGCAGCAGUAGAUCAAGAUCCAGAUCCAGCAGAGGCAAGCGUUCUCGCAGUGGAGGCAGCUAUCGCGUCUUAUUGUGUGUUAGUUUUGGAUUAUUAUGUGGCAUUUGUGGCAAAAGGCCAGAUGGAUAUGGUGACGAUUGCUGUAAUAAAGGCGCCGGUAGUUCCUUCCUUAUGUGGGGCGUUGCAAUUAUGUUCCUAUUUACUAUCGUGUUGGCCGUUGUAGCCUUGGCUCAUUUUAUCAUCGGACUUUUGGUGCACAGGACCGUGUGUGUUCCUUUACAAAAUUCACAGAACGACCAGAUUUUUGGCAUCAUUGAUGACAUUGUUGAUCUUGAUCAAAUAAUACACUCAAGAUCCAAUUUGAGGGUCAAGACACCUGGCGCAUUGAAACUUAGCACGAUCAUUGAAAAAUGUCACAACAAUGAAUCAGCCUAUAAUGUUUUUAGUUUGGAUUCUGUACUAAGUGGUGGCAGCAUUGAUGAUUUGUUAGGAUACGUUGAUCGUUUUGAGAUUUCCCUGCAACUCAAAAAUAUGCUCAAUGAUUUCAAAUUGGAUUCGGGUGUAAGCAUCAUCUCGCAAAAUGGAUUAGAUCAAUUAGAAAAGUUGGAGAAAAGCCAAUUGAAUGACUUCAAAUUUUACCAAUACAAUCAUACGUUAUCAACUAAUGUUACCAGCGUGAAUCUGAACGAGCUCGCCGAUAAAUUAAUUGAAGCAGCCGCUGUAAUUGAAAGGAUUGAUCCUCAAAUUGCCCGUGAUUUGAGGUUUCAGUCUUCAAAGUUAAAAGCAAUUCAAAAGGAUUCUGUUGAUCCUUUAGUUGAGAAAACUUUCAAUUUACAGACUGUGGCUACCGAUUUAGAAAUAUCUUUGAAGUUCAACACGGAUUCAUUCUCGGAUGCAAUUCGCCAGAUGAAGGAGCAGAUUAUAGUAGCGCAAAAAUAUUUACAAGAGGAAGGACCAUCGUUUGUUAAAAUUAUGGUGGAGGAAGUGGUAACCAGCGUUGAAGAAGACAUCAGAAACUAUCUCAAAUAUGUAGUGAACGAGACCAAAAACAAUGUUGGUCAAUGUGGGCCUCUGUCUGUUGCAUACAAAUCAACCCUUGUUGCAGUUUGCAACAAUGUACUGGAUCCAUUCAAUGGAUUCUGGGCUGGUCUAGGUUGGUGCAUUUUGCUCUUUAUACCAUGCAUUAUUUUAAGCGUCAAACUAUCUGGAUUAUAUCAGAAGUCUGAUCCUUAUCCAGGUCCUCUAGUCGAGUCGGAAUAUUUAUAUGAUGCUUACGCUGAUCGUGAUAAUAUUUCUUUAACAAGCCCACCAGAAAGCAAACGUCGCAGCAAGGAUAAUAAAAAACAUGAUAGACAUGGACAAAGGGAAUCGAGUUCUCAGGGACCAUCUGCUUCUCAUGACCAUCGCUAUACAGAUAUGGCCAGAAAGCAAUGGGAUGAUUACUCGGAAGAUGCUCCGCCACGUUACCAUAGUCCGCCACUGCCUCCUUCUGAGUACGAGAGACCACCGCCUUACUAUUAUCCAGGACCUGGUAGCGACAGAUCUCCAUCCGUGAAUUGAGCAACACUAAAGAAUCAUUUCCAUUGAACUGCCAUAAGUAUAUGAUACAAGCGUGAACUGUUAUGAAUAAGCGUUUUUUUUAUUAUUGACUUCAUUAGUAUUGUAUUAAUAAUUCAAACGGAAUUGACACUUCAAGAAUGAGGAUCAAGAAGAUCUUUGGAGAGACUGAUUAUAAUCCUGCUCAUAACUUUUUAUAGAAAAUAAUUCAGAUGUAUUCCUAAUGUUGUUGAGCUAUUUGUAAUUGAAAUUUGCACAUCCUUUUGUCAUAUUGAAAGAUAAUUAUCAUUUAUUGUUUGAAAUUAUUAAUGUUAUAUUUUACAUUUGUUAGUCUUUAUAAUUGUAAAACAAAUGUACA